CCAGCCGGCUGCCUGGAGGGGAGGCGGGGAGAGCACUCCCUCGGCUGGAAGCCAAAAGGCGCAGGCCUCCUCUCCGGCAUCGUGCAGUCAAACCGAGCCACGCCCCUCCUCCUUCCCGGAAGUGUGCAGGGAAUUUUUCCGCCCCCCACGUGACCUUGCAAGCCUGCGCCUGGGACAAGCCGCCCCGGAUGUCCCCGUUGGCGCUUCGCCACUGCAAAGCGGACUGGGGGACUGGUGGUUCCGACGCUGCUGUUGGCGAACAGGAGAGAGUAAAUUUGCAGGUGAUCUUGCCUUAUGACUAUCCUCAUGCAGCACCACAGCUUUUUGCAAGAUCAGAUGCUCUAGAUAGGCAGCAACAAUUGCAGCUCAAUAAGGAUCUAGCUUCUUACAUUGCUUCUUUGGAGUUAGGUGAACUCUGCAUAUGGACAGCUGUGCAGUGGCUGCAAGGAAACAGUUCACCCUACUUAGAAAACAACAAAUUGCCCUCUGCAGGAGAAUCAGAAGAAAAAGUAGUAAAAACGUUCUUUAAUCGAAUGUGGAUUUACAGCCAUCACAUAUACAGACAAGAAUUAAGGAAAAAGAUCUUUGACUGUGCAAAGAAAUUGAAUCUGACCGGUUUCUGUUUAACUGGAAAACCUGGGAUCAUUUGUGUGGAAGGCAUAAAAGGAAACUGUGAAGAAUUCUGGCAUCUUAUUAGAUACCCCAACUGGAAACAUAUUUCCUGCAAGCAUGUUGAAAGUGCAGAGGCUCACGGAAAUGAAGAUCACCUGCGUCGCUUUCAUAGCUUUGAAGAUUUACAGUUUCAAGCGCAUGGUGAUUAUGGGCUGAGAAAUGACUAUCACAUGGAUCUCGGUCAGUUCCGGGAAUUCCUGAAGGAGCAUCACAGCGAGCAUGUAUUUCAGAUCUUAUUCGGAAUUGAAGGGAAAUCUUACGAUAACUAAUAAAGUUUGUGCAUUUA